AUGGCAAGUUUGAACUGGAGUUAUCAUGGCAACAAUGGACCUGAUCACUGGCACAAGUUAUACCCUAUUGCCAAUGGAGACCAUCAAUCUCCUAUUGAUAUUAAAACCAAGGAAGUAAAAAAAGAUGCAUCUCUGGGGCUUCUCCGGAUCACUUGGAAACCUUCCACGUGCAAAGAGAUUGUCAAUGUUGGACAUUCAUUCCAUGUGAAUUUUGAGGAUAAGGACAAUCAAUCAGUGCUCACCGGUGGACCUCUCACUGGAACGUAUAGAUUGCGGCAGUUUCAUUUCCAUUGGGGCCAAACGGAUGAGCAAGGCUCAGAGCACACAGUCGAUGGAAGGAAAUACGCCUCAGAGCUUCAUCUAAUUCACUGGAAUGCAGACAAGUAUUCGAAUGCAGCUGAGGCUCUCGACAAGCCAGAUGGCUUGGCAAUUGUCACUGUUUUCCUGAAGCUUGGCUUAUGCAAUGAAAAUCUGAAGGGUGUCUUGAAGGCCUUGGAUUCAGUAAAGACUAAGGGUAAGCAAGCUCCCUUUUCUGAUUUUGAUCCUUCAAGCUUACUGCCUAAAUCCAUGGAUUACUGGACCUACAAUGGAUCUCUGACUCAUCCUCCCCUCCAUGAGAGUGUCAUCUGGAUUAUCCUUAAAGAGCCAAUUACUAUCAGCUCAGAGCAGCUGGCUCAAUUCCGCACAAUCCUGUCUUCUGCUGAAGGGGAAGCACCUUGUCCCAUACUAAGCAAUCACCGACAACCCCAACCACUGAAAGGCAGAGUGGCAGAGCUGUACCUAGGUUUGCAAAUGGCUCCAGCAGUGACAAGAGAAUUAUUUAACAGCCAGCAGUGGCAAAGGUCUGAAGAAGAUAAAGUCAGACUCUACAAGUACAACGCACAGCAACGCAGGGCUGAAGUGCUGAGCGAGCCCACUGGCCCAGGAUGGGAAACAUGGGGUUUGAAGCAGCUAGCAGUAACACUGGGAAGUGGAAUAAACCACUUAAAACUGAAGUCAGUCGCAGCGGGGAAUUGGCUUCAUUCCUCACAUACCCUUCGAACAGCAUUUACUCCUCCUCAGGACACCCAUGAGCUUAAAUCCAUCCUGCCCAAGCAAGAGAAACAUGAGGCUCACCAAGGGGCAAAUGAGUGUGUCACAUGCCUGGCGGAUCUUGGUGCAGGUACCUUGGCAGGACAAGGGCUGCCAGAGCAACACCUCAGUAACUGGGUACGUUGGGGCAAUGAGGCACCAUGUGUCCACCAAAAUGCUGCCGCAGAGCACAACCAGGGGAUGGGCCUGCAGUUCGUCUGUGGGCGAUCCAUGCCAGGCCCCGGCUGCAGCCACAUCACUGAACUCAGCCCCAGCCGAGCCUGCUGGCUGCUGGGCUCACCCCAGUGCAG